GAAAUCCAAACUUAGUGGAUCAUUUUGUACCUUUUGCUCCAAUAUUCGAUUGAGCGGGAGGAACCAAAAUUUCAAAGAAGGUAAGCUCUACACAUUUGACCCAAAAAAACUCAAGCUUCGUAGAGCCUCAACCAUGGCUUCCAAAUUCUCUGGUAGAUUUUCCAUGGAAGACGCUAUAGAGAGAAUAGUAAACGACCUCAAAACUCAAACACCCAUGUCAGAAUCAGCUUUAAAGGAUCUACAAACCCUUUUGGAUCACACACUCAAAACCAACGACCCUAUAGAUAUUGAAGACUUUUACGAUGGAUUAUCUUCAAGAAAUCUCUCACCCACUUCGUUAAUCAACUCAAUUGCUUCAACGAUGGAUUCUUCACCUUCGAGUGUUUCGCUUUUGGCUUCGAAGGUUUACUUGUCUCUACUUUUGACACCUAAUUCUCCUGUAUUUACGCUUUUUACUCCGAUGGCGUUUUUGUCUCUUCUUCGUUCAAUUCGUCAGGGUUUUAAGGCACCCUCUUCGGUUUCCCCAGAUGGGUCGGGGUCAAAUAGUCAGGGGAAGAAGAAGAGGGGGAGAGUUCGCAAAGGAGGGAGAAAUGUUCGGGAUGGUGAAAAUGAGAGUGAAUUUGAUGUUAGGAUUUUGUUCAUUGUGCUUGAUAGGUUGAAAUUGGUACUGAGUUUAGUCCAUUUGGGUAGGUUUCCAGAUUGUUUGAAGAGUUUGGUACAAACUAUAGCUGAAAUUGCAGUUAAAGCAGUUGAUUUAUGUGGGAAUUCUGGGAUUUAUGGGAGAUUUUGUGAGCUGUGUAAUCAGAUUUUGAGUGAAGUACUGAAGAGUGAACAUGGAGAUCAAGGGAUUUCAGCUGUUGAGGUAUUGAAGUCAUUGACGCCUUUAAUUCUAUUGGUUAAAUCACCAGCAAGGACUUUAAGUUUGGAAUUUGUGGUGAAUAGAAUGAUGAGAUUGGCGAUAGAAUCGAAUGAUAUAAAGAAAGCAAUUUUGAAUUUUCCAAAGUACAUAGUGCAAAAGGCUCCUGAAAAGGCUGAGCCAAGGGCUGCAGCUGUUGAAGCCAUUGUGGAAAUUGUCAAGUUUAUGGACUUUGAAGAUCAAAAUGAGUUUGCUAGUUAUGUGGUGAAGAUGUGCCAAGGGAAAGCACAUCUGCGACUAUUAGCUGUGGACCUUAUUCCAGCAUUGAUGAUGUCGCUAAAGGAUCCAUUUGGGUGGGAUUCGAAUGUUGAGGUUGAAAGUUCUUGGGGCUUGAGUUGUUUGGAGUUGCUGAUUCAGCGUUGUUCUGAUGCAACUGCUGGAAUAAGGGCUCGGGCUUUGACAAAUUUGGCUCAAUUGGUGGGUUUUUUCUCUGGGAAUGAUAAAAGCAAAUCUGUGCUGAAGAAGUUUAUGGGGUUUGAUUCAGUUGGAAAUGACGUUUCUGAUAAGCCUGGAAGUGUAAUGAAUAGCAUUUUGAAGAAACGGUGUAUGGACGAGAAGGCUGCAGUCAGGAAGGCUGCUCUUCUUGUAAUAUCCAAGCUGGCAUCUCUUUCAGACAGUGCUCCGGAUGAAGACUUUCUCAAGACAUUGGGCAUGGCAUGUUCUGAUCCACUUGUUAGCAUAAGGAAAGCAGCAAUUUCAGCUCUUUCAGAGGCAUUUAGGAUAUUCACAGAAGGUAGUGUAGUUAAGGAGUGGCUACAUUCCAUUCCUCGUCUCAUAACUGAUAAUGAAUCUAGCAUACAGGAAGAGUGUGAGAAUCUGUUCCUAGAGUUGGUUCUCGACCGUAUUUGUAGAUCUGGAUCCAGCAAUCUCCUGAAUCAUGCAUCUGAGGGUAAUUCAAAUGGCAAGGCAGCAGCCUUAGAGAUGAAAAUGGAAUUGUUAUAUCCUCAAGGAGUUUUAGGUAUAUUGAGAGAGAUAUGUGAUGGAGAGGUGACACCCUGGGUGAAGAAGAUCUGCACAAAUUUAGGAAAGAAGAAAAAACUCAAGCCUAAGAUUGUCACUACACUUCAAAAGAUCAUUAAGUCGUCCGAAUCUCUGUGGUUAAGCAAUUCCAUGCCAAUAGAUAAGUGGACAGCUCCUCCAGGUGCUUGGUUUCUACUCUCAGAGGUGUCCGCAUUCCUUUCCCGAGCUACGGAUUGGGAAUUCCUCCAUCAUCAUUGGCAGCUCCUUGACAAGUAUAAAGCCACUGGAGAUCCUGAUAGCUCAUGGGAUCCAGGUUGUCUGGAGGAAGGGCUAAAUACAACAUCAAGCACUUUUUCAUGGGCUGCAGAUCGUGUGCAUCUUUUGCAAACAAUCUCUAAUGUUUCUAUGGAUCUGCCACCUGAACCUGCGGCAGAUCUAGCUCAUAACCUUCUUCAACGUUUAGAGGAGUUCAACAUGCAUUCGACAGAGGUUAAUGCUCAUGUGAAAGCACUCAGAACUUUGUGCAAGCGGAAGGCUCUGAACCCUCAAGAGGGUGAUUCCCUUGUUGCAAAAUGGGUAAAUCAGCUAAUAUCCAAAGCAUCCAGAUUGCUAGAUGCAUACAUGUCAAAGAAUGUGGAAGAAAACGGAACUAUCUUUGUCACACCACUUGGGUGUACAACUGGAAAGGGGAAAAGAACAGUGGCAUCACACUCUAAAUUGUUACCGGAAACAAUAACUGCAGUUCAUACCAUUGGAUCUCUAGUCAUUAUUUGUCCUUCAGCUGAUGUAUCAACCAUUGUUCCCAUUUUACACACGAUAAUCACUUCUGGUACCAGUAACACUAGAGCUAAAAAACCAGCAGUCGCUUCCAUUUCCAUAAAACAGACUGCUCCUUCCUUGUACAUUCAAGCUUGGUUAACCAUGGGCAAGAUCUGCCUCACUGAUGGGAAACUCGCAAAGCGCUACAUUCCUCUGUUUGUCCAGGAGCUUGAGAAGGGUGAUUGUGCUUCCCUCCGCAACAACAUAGUUGCAGUGAUGGCAGAUUUCUGUGUACGGUAUACUGCUCUAGUCGACUGUUACCUAUCAAAAAUCACCAAGUGCCUACGUGAUCCAUGUGAACUUGUUAGAAGGCAGACAUUUAUACUACUAUCCAGACUAUUGCAGAGAGACUAUGUCAAGUGGAGAGGAGUGCUUUUCCUUCGGUUCCUGUUAUCUCUUGUUGAUGAAUCAGAGACGAUUAGACAAUUGGCUGAUUUUCUAUUUGGAAAUAUAUUAAAAGCCAAAGCACCACUUUUGGCCUAUAACAGUUUUGUAGAAGCCAUAUUUGUGCUGAAUGACUGCAAUGCUCAUACUGGAUCCAGUAAUCCUCAGAAUUCACGAAAUGAGACCCGGAUCUUUUCUAUACGAGGAAAUGAUGAGAAGUCUAGGUCUUCAAGAAUGCACAUAUAUGUGACAUUGCUAAAACAAAUGGCUCCAGAACACCUACUAGCCACAUUUGCCAAAAUAUGUGCAGAGAUCCUUGCUGCUGCAUCUGAUGGUUUGCUUAAUAUCGAGGAUGCAACUGGACAGUCUGUUCUGCAGGAUGCGUUUCAAGUUCUUUCUAGUAAGGAGAUCCGAAUUUCCACUAGCCGUGGAUUGACCACAGAAUCAGCGGAUGUGGAAGAAGAAGGGGCAGAUGGAGGAGCAUCCUCAGCAGCAAAGGGAAGAGCAAUAACACAAGCAGUCAAGAAAAGCUUAAUCCAGAAUACGAUCCCGAUUUUUAUAGAGUUAAAACGCCUACUAGAGAGCAAAAACAGUCCUCUCACUGGUUCUCUCAUGGAAUGCCUUAGGAACCUCCUCAAGGAUUACAAGAAUGAGAUUGAUGACAUGUUGAUUGCUGAUAAGCAACUCCAGAAAGAGCUCAUUUACGACAUGCAAAAAUACGAAUCAAUGAAGGCAAAGUCAGCUGCUGCUGAGGCAGUUGCAACCAUGCAAAGACCAGAUCUUUAUCGGUCACCAAGUAAUCCUACAACUUCAAGCUUCAUGAACAAGAAAUCUGAUGAGGGCAAUACAAAAAUUGCUUCAGCCAUGGCAGAUGCAGUGGCAGCUGUCGCAGCUCGGUCAGUGCUCAGGGAAGUCAAUAGAGGAACAUCAACACCACCACUAAGUGCAAUGAAGGCACCUAGGCUCAAGUCUCAUUCAGGUGGAGCAUUAAGCAGAGGAGACAAGCCUCCUGAAGUGAUUGAGUCUCUAAGGAGAAGGCAAAACUUCGAUUCUGAUGACGAAAACUGAUUCCUUC